GGCGGGCGGAGCGGGGCUGCAGAGGUGCGCAGGCGUCAAGGCUACGGACUACAUCCGGGGUGGCCGUGGCUUUCGCCGGGCGUUCGGGGAGCGCAGGCCGAGAAGCGAGUGUGUAGUCAUGUCGGCGUCGGUAGCGUCGGUUAUCUCGCGGUUCCUAGAGGAGUACUUGAGCUCCACGCCUCAGCGCCUGAAGCUGCUUGACGCGUACCUCCUGUACAUACUGCUGACCGGGGCGCUGCAGUUCGGUUAUUGCCUCCUCGUGGGGACCUUCCCCUUCAACUCUUUUCUCUCGGGCUUCAUCUCUUGUGUGGGGAGCUUCAUCCUAGCGGUUUGCCUCAGGAUACAGAUCAACCCACAGAACAAAGCAGAUUUCCAAGGCAUCUCCCCAGAGCGAGCCUUUGCUGAUUUUCUGUUUGCCAGCACCAUCCUGCACCUUGUUGUAAUGAACUUCGUUGGCUGAAUUAUUCCCAUUUACUUAACUGGGGAGUGGGAGACUAGAAGAAUGUUCACUUUUUGACUUCCCUUGGAUGAGAACUUUUGAGAUGGCAACUUGGACAUGUGGAUUUUCUUCAAGAAAAAUAAGAUUUAUACUUAAAUACUGAUUCUGAUUUCAAAUGUAGGUGGAGAGCCCAGAGAAGUUUCCUUGCUUCUGUGUUAGAGCAGCUUUGUAAUGAGCAUUUAUUAACAUGACCUCUGCUUCCCAUUAAGUGUAACCUUUUUGCCUUCCAAAUUAAAAAACUCCAUGCCACUCCUU